CAAUAAAAAUGAUAUAGCAGGGGUUUAUUCUGUGGUGUAACUUGCAUACAUUAAGAUGUAACUCGUGUACAUUAAGAUGUAACUUGCGCAGAAGAAGAUGUAACUUCAUGAUAUAUUAUCAAAUGUAACUUCAAGAAUCAAAAUAAACAAACUCAAUGUCUUAAAACCCUCUAAAAACAUAUAAAAGUGAUAAAAAAUAUUUCUCAGAAUAUAAAAACAGAGAUAAGUAAAAAAAUAUUUCUCAGAAUAAAAAAAAGUGUAUGAAUAAGUACUAAGACAGAAACAAAAAGUAACUAAUUUAUUUUGAAAUGAUGAAUAUUUGAUCACAAAAUUGUAAUACACACAUUUCAAUGUUCCUAAAUUAAAAAAUUGAUAGCUUUUGAUAAUGGAAACAUUAAAAGUAAAAAAACGAAAAAGAUAAAAAGAAAGAGGGUGGGGGAGUGAGAGUGUUCAACUGGAUGGGAAAAGCUUUUGGAUAAAGACAAAAAAAAUAGAAAACGAAACCAUGUGAGUGGGGAAUGCAAUUGAGCGAGAUUUAUUUAGAAAACGGUACCGUAUUUAGACCGGUAUACCAUGUGCAUGGUAUACCGGUCGUACGGUAUAAUUUGGGUUCUAAUCAGGUUCAAGCUCUUCUGUUAACGUGAAUAACGCUCAAACAAUUGAAAAAUCUGGGCAGCUCUUUUCCUAAUUCAAAUAUCCAGCCCAAGUAAUUUAUGCUUGUCGAAUUAGAAUUCCAGUUGAACUCCUAUCACCACCUUAAACAUAAGUUUACUCCUUGUUGAAUUCUCUCUCUCAGCGUGGGAUCCCGAUUCAUAUUCAACUAUAAAUAGGGGCAAUAUCAACCUGCAAGGCAUCCUAUUUAUAAUUCUGCGGCAGAUUAAAAAAAAUCAGCAACUCCGUAGUCCAUAGAGCAAGGAAAGGCAGAAGUCCUUGCAGUAUAAAGAAUGGUGGGGUCAAGUCCAUGGAAGUUUUCUGGAAAAUCAUGUGAGUGAUUUGAUCAGGAUUUACGAUCUUGCUAUUGGCGAUGUGGUUACCCCUUCGGAUCCCGUGACUCCAGUCUCCAAGAAGAAGAAGAAAGUACCUGAUACUGAAGCUAAGUCUUCGCCUCAGAAAAGGGCCAAGCUUGUAGCACUUAGGGCUGAGAUUCUGAUCAAAGAUGCUGAGAAAGAAACACCUCCUGCCAAGGCGAGUGAGAAUCAAGUUCUUGAGAAGCAAAGUAAUGAUGAUAGGAAUUGGAAACAUCUUCAGAGAAAACCUCAUCCUGGGCCACUGAGGAUUCAUCCAAUCCUUGAUGACGCUAGUUCUUCAAAUCAUGUUUCUUUAUCUAGCUCAAGUGAAGGAGAAACUGAAGAUCAUGACACCGUUGCGGGGUUGAUGGCAAAAAUUGCCCCAAGUAAUUGCAAAGAAGUUCCAACCAACGAGAUACCGAAGUCCCCUCAUGUGAAACCGGCUGUCUCCGUUUUUCAAGCAGAGAACUACUUCUUUCCUUUGUAUAAGCGGUUCCUCAUUGACACUUGGUGUGGUAUUCAGGAGAAGUUAGGAAAGGCUACAACAGAGAACGUCUCUUCUUUUCGGGAAAGUGUGGAGAGUUGUGUUAUCUUGAUGGAGAAGGAAGGCAUUGACCUUUCCAUGUUGACGACAAGGGUGAAGCAUUUCUUUGAAAGGGCGCAAGCAUUUGAUCAGAAGUGUUCUGCUAUUGCUGACAGGGUCCCCACGGAGAGGCAAUCUCGGGAAUUAGAUAUGUUGCAAGCUUUUUGUGCAGAUAUUGAAGCUAAGAGAUCUCAAAAUCAGGUCGCAUUACUUGAUGAUGAGAAAUCUCUUAAUGAAAUCAAGAAGAAGAUAGCCUUAUUGGAAGCUGAAGCUAAGGAAGUAGAAGCUUUGAUUUUACAGCAUCAUGCAGAAGCUAGCGACUUAGAUGCAGCUCUUACAAAGGCCAAGGAGGAAUCUUCACAGAUUUUGAAGACUAUCAAAGCAUCAGACGAAGAUCAGCUUGCUUUAAGUACCCAGAAGAAGGAGCUAGAGGCUUUGAAGGAUGACUUAGUCAGCUUUAAGUUAUUUUUAGGCUGAGUUUGUUUUUACUUGUUUAUAGAUUAGCUUUUUAGUCAGCUAGCACUUUCCUUCUUUUCUUUCCAUCAAACUAUAUAUGGAUAUAUAUUUGAUUGCUUUCUUGCUCC